UUUUUAAUCUUUGGUCAAGUAUAACGAAAUAUAUUUCCGCGCGUUAGGGAUGACGAACGUUUGGGAUAACAGAAAUAAUUCUUAAAAAGUGCUUAUUGGUUGUACUGUGAAAAAAUGUUUUUUUAAAUGUUAGUUUUCAGUAUUCAUGGCUUCGUUUGAAGAUAACUUUGUGUAUUAUUACCAAUGCCAAAAGUUUAAAGAAAAUGAAUUCGACCCGUUUGUUACUUGCUCUGUCAAAAGGAAAUGUUUAGCGCAGUUUUAUUUGGCUUCUCUUUCUUUGUAAGCUUGAGCUACCGAACUAGUAAUGAUGCUUCGUGUUUACUCCUAGAGGAGAAACUACAAUCAUAUUCAGCAUUGGUUGAUAAAAGGAGUGAAGAUGGUGUUAAUAAUUAUGCCAGGUCAUCUUUGGCCUUAGCUGCCCACUGUAGAAAUGAUACCCAGCAAUGGAGAAGUAACUUAAGGGAUGCUGGUGUCACUAUUUCAAAGUUUUUGCGGCCACUAAAUUGUGAAUUGGUUAACAGUACUUCGCCUAACCAGUGCUCUAGCUGGGAUGUUACUGAAGAAAAUAUUUCAGCAUUACUAUCUGCACAAACUCACAAUUGUACAGUUACUUCAGAUGACUGUGGUGGCCAGAAUAUUUCAAAACAUACUGCUGAAGACUAUGCCUGUUAUGCUCUUGGAAGACCAGCCAUAGCAAACCAACAUCAAAUUAACAAUACCAGAAGGCAAGAACAAAAUGACUAUCAUGUGUUUACGUAUUUGCACACAACAGGCCACAACAAAAGCUUGGAGGACAGACCAGAACAGCAAGGUUUCAGGAUGAUGGGUGGUUCUGCAGUGUAUGGGAAACAAGGCUCCAAUUUCAGCUCUACUGGACAGCAUGCUUCAAAUAUGUUCCAUACAGCCAGAGAUGAGAUGAAUCUUCAAAACCUGAAGUGGCACAAUAAAGGAAACAAUGGUGCUAACCAUUAUGCUGCUGGAGGUGGAGCAGGAUGUGGCUAUGGAGGACAACUAAAGAGAUCACUUGGAACAAGACGAGGCGUCACGAACAAGUUCAUACCGCCUAUAAGAUCCAGCAUGGAAGAUGAUUUUGAAGGUGCUUGUAGUGGAAACCAGAGGUGCCAGAAGUGGGAACAAAAUGAAAUAGAAGCAGAUGAAAGGCUCAAAAAUAUUGAUCCCAAAAUGGUGCAACUAAUACAAAGUGAAAUAAUGGAUAACAAGACUGCAGUGACAUGGGAUGAUAUUGCUGGAUUAGAUUUUGCUAAAUCUACAAUACAGGAAGUAGUUGUGUGGCCAUUAUUGAGACCUGAUAUUUUCACUGGUUUACGACGUCCUCCGAAAGGCAUCUUGCUGUUUGGGCCUCCAGGUACAGGAAAAACUCUGAUUGGGAAAUGCAUUGCAUCUCAGUCCCACUCUACAUUUUUCAGUAUAAGUGCCUCUUCUCUUACUUCCAAGUGGAUUGGAGAUGGUGAAAAGAUGGUUCGUGCAUUAUUUGCAGUUGCAAGAUGCCAUCAGCCAGCUGUGGUCUUCAUAGAUGAGAUAGAUUCAUUACUAACCCAGAGGAGUGACACUGAACAUGAAAGCUCUCGGCGCAUCAAAACUGAAUUCCUAGUGCAGCUGGAUGGAGCAGCAACAGCUGAUGAGGAUCGAAUUUUAGUGAUUGGAGCCACUAAUAGACCUCAGGAGCUGGAUGAAGCUGCAAGACGACGAUUAGUCAAAAAGCUUUACAUUCCUUUACCUGAGUUUGAGGCUCGGCAUCAGAUUGUUGAACGCCUCAUGUUCAACGAAAAUCACUGCAUGACAGAACAAGAUGUGAAUGAUAUUUCUUUGCUAACUGCUGGAUAUUCUGGUGCAGACAUGAAAAAUUUAUGCCAAGAAGCCUCUCUAGGACCCAUUCGUUCACUUGGUUUCAUUGAUAUUCAGAAUAUAAGUCCUGAUCAAGUUCGUCCAGUAACACUUGAUGAUUUCAAAUCUGCACUAAGCAGAGUUCGUGCGAGUGUAUCACCACAUGACUUGGACAGUUAUGUGGCUUGGGAUAAACUGUAUGGUUCAGGAGGAACAGUGGUGAGUGGAACAUAAAGGAGAAUAGUUUAAUAAACCUAACAGAAUAUACUUCUUAGCAGGAAGAAAGAAUCAUUCUUAAUAUGUGCAGUGAAACAUUAAUUAUUUAAAUUAAUGAAAAUACUGUCUCCUGAUAUAUCAACAUAUUUAAUUUCUUGAAGAGUUCAUAGUUACUUAGCUGGUCAAUACUAAAAUUCCUUUCUUUUAUGGAACUUAUAUGUUCAAAAAAAAACAGUGUUGGAUUCUGUAUUUAGCCAGUUUAAUCCAGUCCACACCUUCAUAUCCUAUUUUCCAAAGACCCAUUUUAAUGUUAUCCUCCAAAAUAAAUUUGAAUCUUCCAAGUUGCCUCUUUCUUAUGAUAUUAAAACCAAAUUUUGUAUAUC